AUGGCCCGGGCCAGCACAAGCCGCUCCAGCGGGAGAAGCAGCUGCAGCUCCAGCGCCAGCACCUCUGCCGUCAGCACAGGCACCCCGAGGCUCCAGCAUGGAUGCAGAGCUCAGUGCUACGAGUACCCGACCUGCUGCCCCGAGGUGGCCAAAGCCCCUCGGGAGGAGGUCGCCUACGUGACCUGCACCUACAGAUCCACCUGCAUCGACCAGCCUGAUUUCCUGGCCACCGUGGACCUGAACCCCAGGUCUCCCUGCUAUGGCCAGGUGAUCCACCGGCUGCCCAUGCCCAACCUCAAGGACGAGCUGCACUCCUCGGGGUGGAGCUCUGGCUGCGGCUGCUUUGACAAUGGCACCACGAAAAGGAACAAGCUGGUCCUGCCCUGUCUGAUUUCCUCCCGCAUCUACGUGGUGGAUGUGGGCUCCCAGUGCCGGGCCCCCAAGCUGUGCAAGAUGAUCGAGCCGGUGGACGUGUUCUGGAAGUGCAACAAGGGCUACCUGGCCGUGACCCACAGCCUGCCCAACGGGGACGUGCUGAUCGCCAACAUGGGAGACCCCGCGGGCAACGGCAAAGGUGGCUUCGUGGUGCUGGACGGGGAGACCUUCGAGCUGAAGGGCAACUGGGAGAACGAGUGCGAAGCCCCCCCGACGGGCUACGACUUCUGGUACCAAGCGCGGCACAACGUGCUGGUCAGCUCUGCCGGGAUGGUGCCCAAACGGGCGGGACGGGGCUUCAACCCCGAUGACCUGAAGAAAGGGGUCUUCGGGCGCCGCCUGAACGUGUGGAACUUGUCGUGCCGCAGCCUCACCCAGUGCUUCGACCUGGGCGAGGACUCGCUGCCCAUCAGCGUCAAAUUCCUGCACAACCCCGACGCCGCCGAGGGCUACGUGGCCUGUGAGGUCGCCUACGUGACCUGCACCUACAGAUCCACCUGCAUCGACCAGCCUGAUUUCCUGGCCACCGUGGACCUGAACCCCAGGUCUCCCUGCUAUGGCCAGGUGAUCCACCGGCUGCCCAUGCCCAACCUCAAGGACGAGCUGCACUCCUCGGGGUGGAGCUCUGGCUGCGGCUGCUUUGACAAUGGCACCACGAAAAGGAACAAGCUG